UGUGUUAGAAGUUAAAAGAAUCAAAUUGCCAAUGAUUCGCUCUCUCUUUUUUUUUUUCCCCUCCCAGGUUUCUGGAAUAGGUUUACGGAAAGCAAAGAAGAAACUCUAACCUGAGUAUGGAUUUUGAAGAAAGAUUCCUUAACAUGCAAAGGAAGAAAUAAGCUGGUGGAUAGCCCUCAGAAAUGAUGUCCUUUUGCCACAAUGUCAUUAAUAUUUCUUGUGUGAAAAGCAGCUGGUCAAAUGAUGUCCGUGCUUCCCUGUACAGUUUAAUGGUGCUCAUAAUUCUGACCACACUCAUUGGCAAUCUGAUAGUCAUUAUUUCCAUAUCACACUUCAGGCAACUUCAUACCCCAACGAAUUGGCUCAUUCAUUCCAUGGCGACCGCGGAUUUUCUGCUGGGGUGCCUGGUCAUGCCUUAUAGUAUGGUGAGAUCGGUUGAGCAUGGCUGGUACUUUGGAGAAGUCUUCUGUAAAAUUCACACCAGCACUGACAUUAUGCUGAGCUCGGCGUCCAUUUUCCACUUGUCCUUCAUUUCCAUUGACCGCUACUAUGCCGUGUGUGACCCACUGAGAUACAAAGCCAAGAUCAGUAUCUUGGUUAUUUUUGUGAUGAUCUUCAUUAGUUGGAGUGUCCCCGCUCUUUUUGCAUUUGGAAUGAUCUUUCUGGAGCUCAACUUCAAAGGAGCUGAAGAGGUAUAUUACAAGUACAUUCACUGCAUAGGAGGUUGCUCUGUCUUCUUUAGCAAAACAUCUGGGGUACUGGCCUUUAUGACUUCUUUCUAUAUACCUGGAUCUAUUAUGUUGUGUGUCUAUUCCAGAAUAUACUUCAUAGCUCAAGGACAGGCCAGAUCAAUUAAUGAUGCAAUUGGAUUGGAAGAGAAAAAUGGAAUGUCACAAAACAAAGAAAGGAAAGCUGCAAAAACUUUAGGGAUUGUGGUGGGAGUUUUCCUAAUAUGCUGGUGUCCUUUCUUUGUCUGCAUGGUCAUGGACCCUUUCCUGGACUAUGCUAUUCCACCCACCUUAAAUGAUGCAUUGGUCUGGUGUGGCUACCUGAACUCUACUUUCAAUCCGAUGGUUUAUGCAUUUUUCUACCCCUGGUUCAGAAAAGCACUGAAGAUGAUUCUAUGUGGUAAAAUUUUCCAAAAAGACUCUUGUAGGCAUAAACUAUUUUUAGAGUCACAUCCAUAGAAUUAUUAUAUUUACUGUUUACUGCUUUGCAAAACAGCUGGUGAUCAUAAUUUUGAACACAACAUAAUUAACCACAUGCACCAAUUGCGGGGUCUUUCAUCAAAUGUUUGAGCCAAAGAAUGGAUAGUGACAUAUAAUGCUUUUAUUUCACUUCCUUUUUGGGACACAGUGGGUGUAAUCCUUGCCAUGCUUACUAUUACAUAGAAGCUUUGCAAGUCCAGAAUUUAAGGCCCUAUGUUAAGAGCCUUUCUUGCCCUUAGCUGAACUGCCAUGAAUUGACAAUUGUUCAAUGCUGGAAAUUAUGGGGCCGCAAUUGGAUAUGCAAAUUAGAAUUACUUUGUCAUCCAUUUGCUCGAAUAUAUAUGUCUUUUUGUGAAAUCAAAUAAAGUACACAUUAAAUGAUAUUAAAUACUUUUUAUACAUAAUUUGCUAUUUAUCAUGAAUUCUUAUUAAUAUAUAUUCCACUUUUAAAAUAUUUUGAUUUUCAUCUUUUUAUAAUAUGCUUUCUUGAUUCUCAUACUUGCAGAAAUUUGGAAAAUAAGGAAAAAAUAAAAAUAAAAUAUCGUAUAGAAACAAAAUGAAAAUAAAGAUAUCACUCAUAGUUCACCUCCUGAAAAAACUUAAAAUUCUUGACAACAUAAUUUUUUGGUAACUCUAUACUGUUACAUUGUAUGGAUGCACAAAGAUUUUUUUAGACCAUUUCUCUGUUGACCGCUUAGACUUCAGUUUCUUUUUUUUGUUUUGUUUUUUAAUAAUGGAAAUGAAACCAAGUUUCUGUCUGUCACCUGCUACUGAAAGUUAGGAAAGUGUCUGAAAGGAUUUCACUGUAUUUCAAGGUUGUGCCUGGUAUGGCAGGACUCAAAAUACAAGCUCUAGGAAGUAGGACAAAUCCAUUUGUUGGGUUCCAGGCUGCAUCGAAAGAGAAACAGAUGGCAUCCACACGAAGAAAAAAAGGAACAGGGGCGCCUGGGUGGCUCAGUCGGUUGAGCCUCCGGCUUCGGCUCAGGUCAUGAUCUCACAGCUUGUGAGUUUGAGCCCCGCGUCGGGCUCUGUGUCUCCCUCUCUCUCUCUGCCCUCUCUCUCUUCCGCAACUCAUGCUCUGCCUCUUUCUCUCUCAGGAAUAAACAUUAAAAAAAAAAAAAGAAAGGGGCGCCUGGGUGGCUCAGUCGGUUGAGCGUCCGACUUCAGCUCAGGUCACGAUCUCGCAGUCUGUGAGUUCGAGUCCCGCGUCGGGCUCUGGGCUGAUGGCUCAGAGCCUGGAGCCUGCUUCUGAUUCUGUGUCUCCCUCUCUUUCUGCCCCUCCCCUGUUCGUGCUCUGUCUCUCUCUGUCUCAAAA